AUGACCUCCUCCAAGAUGCCCAUGAUGUUGGACGACCACAUGGGCCCGCUGGGUGCUGCCAUGCCCAACAUGGACGAUGACCUGUUUGGCGACGAGGUGCUCCCCUUGACCACUCGCCCUCCGAGCAAGCAGCUGCAGCAGCGAGUAGACGAGAUGCGGAGUCGGGGCUGUUGUCGGAGCAUCUCUUGCUCAAAGACCGGUACAAUCGCCUCCAUCUCUCCAGAUGGCACCCACAUCAAUCUGCAGUGCGCUCGUACCAACCCCUCAGAUGCGUCUUGGGAGCUGAGCGAGCCUUACCCGUGUUCCAUCUUCUCGCCCACGCUUCCUGGAGGGCCCAUUGUUCACCUGGCUUGGGCCCCCACCAACAUCCCGGAGCUGGCCGUCAUCGAUGCCUAUGGCCGAGUCUGUCUUCUGUCCUUUCAUAUUAGCCUUAACAGGGCCUCUGUCAUAACGAGAAAGUGGGACGCAGAUACCCCCGACGAUCUCUUUUCUGUAGUCGGCUGCUACUGGCUGCCCCUGUUCAUAUCGCCGAACAGACAGUUUAAUGUCACAUAUGGACCAGCUGUUCGUGAGAACGGGAAAUACCAGUAUAACAACAACAUAGUACAAGCUGGCGGCCCAUGGCAUCCCAAUCCGCAGAAGAGCGCAUUGGUAUGCGUUACAGCCAAUGGGUUUCUCAAGUUGUUCUAUUCCCAGAACAACAAUAUCGUAUUGGAUACGCAACUGGAAAUGGAGAGCAUAUCUUCCUCUGACGACCUCAUCACCCAUGCCGCCAUGUGCUCAGAUCGGGGUAGAUUGAUCGUUGUUGUCGCCACAGCGGCGAGACAGUUGAAAGUUGUCCAAGCAGAGAUCAGUUGGGGCGUUUCGCAGCCUCAAGACAAGCAGAUCCCACCCGGCAGUCUGCCCCUCAAGCCCUCACUGAAGGCAGAGCAUAUCACUGGGACGAGCUGGCUACAACCAGGCCUCGUUGAGUCACAUCUGGAUGCAUCCAUGGAUCAAAUCUCGUAUCUGGAGGUAUUUCCGCCUGUCGUGGAUGUCAAAACGAAGUCCGCUUUACCAGCCACCAUCCUGACCAUCAGGUCACACGUGCCCACGGCGCAGAAUCAUUAUAACGUCGAGUACCAAAGUAUCAUCGAUCGCUGGGACAUCCUCACAGACCAGCCUCAACAGCUGCAUCCCGCUUUCGAACAACGAGGCUCCAAGACAGGAUCGGCGUCAUCUCUCCAUCCCAUGACACGACUUCGAAAGCGAGACUCGAUCGUCAUCAAUAAGAUAGUUGUCUCUGUCGAGACUACUCAGCUGGGGAGGAUCAUCUGCAUCGGUUUCAGCGACGGAACUGUCCAAUUCAGAGACCGCACGACGAUGGCAGAGAUGGCCAACGAGGACAACCAUAGUGUAAUCAUGGUACCUCACCAGGCUGGCUUCCUUCUAAAUGACGAGGAAAAACCUUGUGUCCAGAUGACUAUCUCCCCGAAUAAUUGCUCGGUCACACAGGUCUGCGAGAAUGGAAAGCUUAAGUGGAGCAGCUUGAAAUACCCAGUGGCUGAGAUCGGCUCAACAAGGCAGGAUCCUCUGUACGACGCUGUACUGGCUGGGCUAACACUGGCUGCCGCCAACGCCGCUCACCAAGGCACAAAUUGUGACGACGUGCUGGCCGCCGCCAGACCCUUCGUGGACAAGCAUCCUCGAUUCCUACACGACUUGGUCUCAACACUGGUAUUCAUGCUGAAUGUCAAUGUUGACUACUCCGAAGAUUCUCAUCACGACGCAUUAAUAAGAAACAUGCAGCUGCAGACCGUUUUCGGUCUGCUGAACCACCUCGGCUUCCAAGGCGAAUUCAGGCCCAGGUCCUUUAUCAGCAAGUUUGCCAUGCUCGGCCUCAACAUCAGGCACAUCGUCAUCCUCAUAACCCUAGCCAGCAAUUCUUCUGUGAACCCGGCCAAAGAGAAAUGGACGCCACUCGACGAACCCGAGGUGGUUGACGCACUUACCGGUUGCGCGAAGUGGGCAUUGGACCUUUUGUGCUGGUUGACGGAUAGCCUGUUCAUCUUGCGCGAUGACCCGAAGUUCAUGGAGCUUCUCACCCCUCAGCGCUUCUCAGAGAUGACUGCCUAUCUCAAGUCUAAGAACGACGUUUGCCUGCACUUAUUGCUUUGCUCUUCAACGAGGGGCUUCCUCGUUGCCACCUGCAAACGUCUUGGUCAUCUUCAAGCAAUGAGCGCCCAGGCUACCCAGUACUGGGACAGGAAUGCGUCCUUGCACAACUCAACAGACUCGCACGUGAGCCAAAGUAUAAUUGCUGUCCAACAGGCUUAUCUCAAGAUGCAAAGAUACAUUACAACCACACUCAUCAAGGUCAAGGAGAUAGACAAAUUGUUGAACACUCUAAGUGCGGACAUCAAGCAGGCUUACCAGGCAUCCCUGGCUAUCCUAGCACAGAAACAGCAGCAACAGUCCGGCAAGCCCAAUCAGCCUCCCCCUGACGCCGCCAUCAAGAAAGCUCAGGCGCACUGUGAGCUCAACAUGCUCCUCGCCGAGAAUCCACCUCCUCAAUUCCUACCAGUGAUCAAAAAGUUCUUUGACACUGACCUCAAGAAUUUGGUGGCCUCGACCGACCGAUCUGGGCUGUUCUUCACGGACUUCCAGCUGCUAGAAGUAGAGGACGACCCGAGGAGGCUGGCGGCCAGGAAGGCACAGGGCAAGUAUGUUGAUACGUUCAAGCGUGUGGAGCUGACGGCGUCAAAAUCGCCAAAGGUAGCCGAUGGAGACAAUGUGCGCCGGCCGCACGAGCAGCACGAGCAGCAGCAGCAGCAGCCGGACGCGGAUGCCGUGACUGGACCGGCGUGGCGGAGCAGAGGAAGUGUGCCUGUGGAGGAGGUUGGGGACUUCUUCCGUCAGGCGAGCUGGUGA